UCUCUGUCAUCCUGCUCUCUCGUUGGUAACCACCCACUUGAACCGGAACCGUUUCUGGGGAUUUGCAGCCCUCCCUGUCGGUGAGCCGCCGACACUCACCGCUCCACACAUCACCGUGCGCCGCCGCCUCCGGGAUGCGUCCUGCUCCGCGAUGCCCGGGAUAGCGGUGGCACAUCGGCCCGUUUCAUAGCCUCCACCGGCCGCGUGGAAGCAACGUAUCCCCCGUGACAGCCUGACAGGAUCCGUGGGCACCGCUGUGAGGAUGCUGCCUCUGCGCUCCGGUCAUCUCUGCUGAGUCUAUGCUGCUGACCGGCGCGUUUCGGCUCCUGUUUGAGCGGAAAGGAUCGACAGUUUUUUUUUAGUUUUUUUUUUUUUUUUUUUUUUUUUUUUGCUGUUUCUUUGCAGCAGCAACAAAAGCAGCCUCCGCCUUUUAGGGGUUGUUAGAAGAGAGGGAAAAGAUGGGGAGCACGACCUCUUGCUGCGUGUCUGCCAGCCCCAAGCUCCGCAGAAAUGCCCACUCGAGGCUGGAGUCGUACCACCAGGAGUCGGAUCUGAGCAGGGAGGAGACAGGAUGCAACCUGCAGCACAUCAGCGACAGGGAGAACGUUGACGAGUUGAACAUGGAGUACAAUCCGUCGGACCAUCCACGGGCCAGCACCAUAUUCCUCAGCAAAUCACAGAAUGACGAGGUGCCUUUAAGGAGCGUGCGAGACAAACGAAAGAGCCUCUUCAUCAAUAAUCACGGGACAUCGAGGAGGAAAUACAGCUCCUGCUCCACCAUCUUCCUGGAUGACAACACCGUCAGCCAGCCCAACCUCAAAUAUACAAUUAAAUGUGUCGCUUUGGCAAUUUACUACCAUAUAAAAAACAGGGACACAGAUGGAGGAAUGCUACUAGAUAUCUUUGAUGAGAAGCUUCAUCCUCUCUCUAAAUCAGAGGUUCCACUGGACUACAACCAACACGACCCGGAGCAGAAGCAGAUCUACCGGUUCGUCAGGACGUUGUUCAGUGCUGCUCAGCUCACUGCUGAGUGUGCCAUCGUCACACUAGUUUACCUGGAGAGACUUCUGACCUACGCAGAGAUCGACAUCUGUCCAGGGAACUGGAAGAGGAUUGUUCUGGGCGCCAUCCUGCUGGCCUCCAAAGUCUGGGAUGAUCAGGCCGUGUGGAACGUCGACUACUGCCAGAUCCUUAAGGACAUCACAGUGGAGGACAUGAAUGAGCUGGAGCGACAGUUUCUGGAGCUGCUGCAGUUCAACAUCAACGUGCCGUCCAGCGUCUACGCCAAGUAUUACUUUGACCUGCGAUCGCUGUCCGAGUCCAACAACCUAAGCUUCCCCCUGGAGCCGCUCAGCAGGGACAAGGCUCAGAAACUAGAGGCUAUUUCCAGGCUAUGUGAUGACAAGUACAAAGACGUGCGGAGAGCAGCCAGGAAGCGCUCGGCCAGCAUGGACAAUCUGUGUGGGAUCCGGUGGGUUCCUGCAAUCCUCUCCUAACCACUAAAAUAAACUGUCAUGUACUGAACACUGGCAUCAGGCUGGAUGAGAAAUGUCCCCAACCUGCAGACCUGAAACCUUCAAAACUGGAGUUGAGGAAAGAGGUCUGUACCUUAACCUGAUGCCUCCGCAGUGCCUCAGCUCUUCUGUUCGCGUGAGAGAGAAGGAAGCUCCUGGUUUUUAUUUCACCUGUGCAGGAAAAUCAAGCUCAUAAAACAAGCGCUGGAUGAGACAAAGCCUUGAAAUUUGUUCGGAUGUGUGAACCACGUCCGGACUAAUCUGCGUUGAGCCUCAUUUGAAGUAUUCGGCCUAACCCGUCACUCUGAAGGCCCUGCACCUCCACAACGAACCAUAUUAUUUAUUUCACUUCAUUAUCUGAAUUUUUUCAAAUGGUUGAACCUGCAGAAUUUCACCAACAGAAGUGUAGCACUGGACUUUCUACUGCUUAUUUCCUUUGACACGACUUAGAAUAAUAAAAGUGUUAGCGAGUUUUUCUUCUUUGGAAAUCUAAAAGGUUUACAGUAUUUAUAGCGCCUCUUGAUACUCAGGUAGUCUGUUUAACAUGUCGAUUUAUCACCAUGCUCCUUGUUUCAGUUACACCAAGGGCUGAAACGCUAAUUGUGAAGUUCAAAGAUGGAAAAAAGGGCCACAAUGAAUAAAAAAAGUGACAAUAUUUCCACAAAUAUGAGUCUAAUAUUGUAAUUUUGGGACACAAUCAUUGCAACGUCAUUCCAGAAACACUAUAAUCUGGAUAAUCCACAGGUUGCACUGUGAGCAGUCACAAUGAGAGUUUUUCUUUUAAAUUUGGACUCCAAAAGGUAAGAAGACUGGGGCUGCAGGUAGGAAAAUGGUCAUUUUGCACCUUACAGAUGCAUUCAGCAGCAAACUAUAGAGUUACUAUAAAACUCAAGCUUGGUGUUGCUACUAAAUGUACAUUUUUAGAGUUAAACUCUAAAAUCAAACCUUCAGCCAACAGAAUAACUACACCUGACAAUGACAUUCCUUUGUUUUCAUUUAUUUAUUCAGUCUUAUAAAGUUAAUUUGGAAUCUCUCUAAAUAUCUCCAGUCUCCUAAGUCUUAUUUUCACUAAGUACCACCCCAGUUUCUUCAUUUUAAGACCUUUUCUAGUGCUGUUUUAUGAAAACUGUCGGGCUUUUGUCUGAAGAAUAUGUUGUUGUCUGGGUUAAAAGGUUUCUAUAGUCCAAACUAUAGAAAAAUAACUAUUUGCAAACUUUCUGGCAGGUAUUAGGAUUUGAAGUUUCACCAAUCCUGCUUCACUUUAACCGUCAGAAAAGGAGGAUGGUAUCUGAAUUUGUAAAACCAUGAACCCAACAGUUUAGACCCUUGGGUUAGACAUAAUGCGUAAUCUGUACCCUACUUAGCAGCCUUUGCGAUUUGUGAAUGGGAUUGUUCCAAAUUACAUUUUUGACUUGAAAUGAGUUCAUUGUUGAGUCCUUUUGCCGACAUUUUGACUUAAAUCUGCAAACAAAUGUGCUUCUUUUAUCCCUCCGGAGUCUGUAGUUAUUCUAGGUUUUCUUAAGACAAUUUCAUUUCAUUUCAGUAAGAAAGCCCAAAAUCAGCAUUUAAAUAACAGGAUGAACCAAAGAUAACUGUACAAUUGUGGGUGUGGCUGCAACUUAACAUCUUCUAAAGCCUCAAAUCUUAAGAGUCAUCUCCAGAAAGUGAUUUAGUAAAAGGAGAGUUGUGUAACCAGGUUAUAAAAUGAACUAACUGCUAGUUAUCUACUAUUGCCAGUCUGUGACCAACCAGUGGACCGAUAACGUGUCCUGGAACAAGGGCAUCUCGGUUCCCUGUGUUCAUUCAGCACAAAGUUGAACUUUUAAAUUUUACAACCAUCACUUUGGGGUUUGUUUUGUUGUUGUUGUUACAGGCGACUAAAUGAUCAGGUUUUUCAGUUUAUUUGUCUAAAUGCUAAACUGGUAAAAUAGAAUUAUUUUGCAAAUUAACUUUGUACAGUGUAUAAAAAGUUCAAAAACUGCAACGGGUUCAUUGUAAAUUAUUUAUGGAUGUGCUGAUUUGUGUUUUUAAUAAAAGAAAACACUCUUGUUUAAUAA